AUGAAGCUCUUAGCUCCCACCCUGUUCCCCACCCUGUUCCCACCCCAGCCCCACCCCAGCCCCACCCCUGUUCACCACCUGCUCCCCACUGCACCCCACCAGCCCUGUUCCAGCCCCACCCCAGCCCCUGUUCCUGUUCACCCCUGUUCCCCACCCCCACCCUGUUCACCCUGUUCCUCCCCACCCACCCCACCCCUGUUCCUGUCCACCUGUUCCCCACCCCCACCCUGCCUGUUCCACCAGCCCUGUCUCACCCUGUUCCUGUUCCCCCACCCACCCCUGUUCCCCCCACCCCAGCCCUCCCACUCUCCUGUUCCCACCCCACUCCCACCUGUUCCCACCCCCAGCCCUGUCUGUUCCCCACUCCUGUUCCCUGUCUCCAGCCCCCUGUUCCCACCCCCUGACUCCCACCCCAGCCUCACCUCCUGUUCCCACCCUGUCUCCCACCUCCCACCUGUUCAGCCCACUCCCAGCCCCACCCCUGUUCCACCCCACCUCAGCCCCCCACCCCACCUGUUCCUGUUCCAGCCUGUUCCACCACCCCUGUCCCACCCCAGUUCCCAGCCCCACCCCAGCCCACCUGUCCCUGUUCCUGUUCCUCCCCUGUUCCCCCACUGUUCCCACCUGUUCUCAGCUCCCACCUGCCCCCACUCCCACCUCCUGUUCCCAGCCCCACCUGUUCCAGCCUCAGCCCUGUUCCCUGUUCCCCACCCUGUUCCCAGCUCCACCCCAGCCUCACCUGUUCCUGUUCCCACCCCACCCCACUCCCACCCAGCCCCACCCACCCCACCAGCCCUGUUCCCCAGCUCCCACCUGUUCCCUGUUCCAGCCCACCCUGUUCAGCCCCUGUUCCCACCCACCCCACCUGUUCCCCCACCCCACCCCAGCCCCACCCUGUUCUGUUCCACCCACCCCUGUCUGUUCCCACCCCCACCCUGA